AUGACGGCGAUCCGGGCGCUGCUGCUCUGCCUCUGCCUGGGGCUGCCGGCGGGCGGGCAGCCCUUCCUGCGCCUGCGACCCUCGCCCAGCGACAACCUGCCCGUCAAGGACAUCGUGGAACACCCGGACCCCGAGUACGACCCCAAGGAGCAGGACCUGGACGAGAGGACGCUGAGGAAGAAGCUGGGCAGCCAUUUCGACCCCGGCUUCAUGGCCGUGGCCGUGCCGGGGUCGGCCAACGCCUCGGGCGCCGCGGCGGCGGCGGGGCGGGGGCGGGCGGCGCUGCCGGCCGAGCUGCGGCGGCUGGAGCUGGGGCCGCCCCGGGGCCCGCGCCUGCGGCUGGGCAAGAAGGCGCGGCGGAAGGUGCUGCAGUGGCUGUGGGCGCACACCCACUGCCCCGUCUUCUACGCCUGGAAGGACCUGGGGGUGCGCUUCUGGCCGCGCUACAUCAAGGAGGGCAACUGCCUGGCCGAGAAGUCCUGCUCGCUGCCCGAGGGCAUGUUCUGCAAGCCCGUCAAGUCGGUCACCAAGACCUUCCUGCGCUGGCAUUGCCAGGGCUGGUCCAGUCAGAAGUACUGCACCUGGAUCCCCGUGCAGUACCCGCUCAUCUCCGAGUGCAAGUGCUCCUGCUAAGCCGCCCCGGCCCCUUGCACUGCCGCCCUCCUCCUCCGGAUCACUUUAGCCGGGGUGGGGUGGGGGGGAGGUUUUUCGGGUGGUUUUUUUUUCGUUUUUUUUUUUUUUUUUGGAGGGGUGGGGUUUUUUCGGAUAGUUUUUUUGGGAGGUAAAUUUUUUUCCCACCCCCCCAGAGCGAAGUGGGAGAAGAUGAACUGCUUUGGAGGUUUUUAUUUUUUGGUUUUUUUUUUUUUUGUUUGAUUGGUUGGUUUUUGUUUUUAUUUGGGGGGGGGGUUGUUCGGGUGGUGGGUUGUUUUUUUUUUUUGGUGGUUGUUGUUUGAUUUUUUUUUUUGUUAAUUUUUUUUUCACUUGGACUUCUUUUAAUAUUAUUUUUUCAAAAGGGGGGAAGCGAACCCAGGAACUGCAGGGCAGGCCAAAGGCACAGUAAAGCACUACAGUCAGAUGUCUAUUUUUAUACGUAUAUAGCCUUCUAACAAAAGGAAAAUUUAAAAAAAAAACUUAAAAAAAGGAAAAAAAACCUACCAGCCGUGUAAAUAGAGAGAUUUUAAAGGAAAAGGUGGGGAAAUUGCAGCUGUUUUUUUUAUUAUUAUUAUAAUUAUUAUUAUUAUUAUUUUAAAGACAUAGGACCACAUUUUAAACCCAUCCCCACAGAACCCAAGCACUUCCCUGCCGAAGGGAAGGGCAAAAAUUUCUUGUAAAGAUGUUUUUAUCAAAAGGAGAAAAGGGGCAGAGGGUGUAAAAAAAGAAAAACAAGAACCGCAGCAUCCCCAAAUGGUUGUUUCUCUGUGCUGUAUUUUUUUAAUCUUCUUCAGAUCUUGUCACUGAUGUUUGAACUAAUUUGCCAAGCUCUCUAGUGUUUUUUUUUAAAAAGUGCAUAACAAUUAAUUAAGAAGGAAAUUUUAAAGAAAAGUACAAAUCUAUGAAAGAGUGGAAUUGUUUUUUGUGUGGGAAUACAUAUAGUGGUGUAGAGAUGUUAAAGGAAAUUUUCUGUGUACAGUUUAUUUAUUUUUAACGUUUGUGUAUAGGAAAAAAAAAGCUAGAGAUUAUGCCAGAAACUAUUGGAAAUGUUUACUUGAAUAUUCCUUUUAAAACAUAUCAAUGUAAAUAUGAGCUAUCACUGAUCAAAACAUUUUUAGCAAUAAACUCUAUCUUUGAAGAAAAACCCCAUGCUGCACUCCAGCUCUCUGGGAGACCAGCGGAAAUUCGGAUUCUUACUCAGAGCAGGUGCUGAGUAAAGGGCUUUGCCUGGGCCACGCUGGCGUAAAUCACGAGAUGCCCCAAAAGUCGGGACAGCUCCUCCGGUUUCUGUCUCUCCGGGAUUCCGCUCUGGGAUUUCUUUGCGUGUUAUAACUAUAACCUGUUGGGGAGAGAGAAAAAUACCGACGGGAGAGAAAUGUCUCAUAACGCAUACAAGAGCUGCGAUGUCCCGGACUGGAGGUGUCACCUGAAAUCCUUGGGAGAUUCCGCGCUCUGCGGCUCUUGGAUUCGGCUCUCCCGCUGGCAGAGGAAGCGGUCGAGGUUGCUGCCCCGGGCAUCAAAGCGCCUGACACAGCUUGGCAGCCCCGCGUGUGUCGGAACAAAUGUUUUUUCUCGGCUGCCGCUACUAGCAGAUGGAAGGAUGGAGACAAGCCCUGCGCCCCGACCUGCUGCCGCGACGGAGCCCCGGGUCCGCAUCCCUGCCCGCAGCGCCGCUGGGGUGUGCGGGGGCAGCAGAGCCUGCGGUGGCGGGUAGUGCCCGCAGCUCCUGCGCUGGUGCCAGGCCGAUCCCCGCACUCCCGCCGGAGCUCACGGACCCAGGGCAAGGCAGAAACGGGACAGCUCCACACGGGCGGGCUCCGACAGCCGGGCUGGGGAGGAGCCCGGCACCGGAGAGCGAGGGCACUGGCAGUGUGAGCCCGCUGCCGACAGAGAUCUGUCUGUCAGUCGGUCACAGGGCUUGGAGCACGGCCCUGACGGGCUGCCAGGCCAUUCCCUUGCGUGUUCUGCGUGGGCUGCUGGUGCUGGAGGGGAAGGUCUGGCCAUUCCCGCUGGUGAACGAAAUGUGUCUGAAACGUGCCCAAAAUGUGCCCAGCAUCCCUGAGGAAAAAUCCCUGCUUCCAAAGGCCCUGGCCAGUGAAGAGAUGUUCUCCCCCAAGGCAGCUGUGGAGCAGCAAGGAGACCCUGCCCCUGUCCAGCUUAGCAUGCAGCACAGGAGAGCAGCAUGACACCAAGCCCAUGGGAAGGCACCAGGACCCUCCAAGGGGUCUGGCUUGUAUCCCUCCAUCAUCGUCUGAGGGAACUGAGUUCCAGCAAGUCCCAUGAAGCAGGUCUGCAGAGCCUGGAGGUCACAGAUUGAAGCUGAAACAGGGAGAGAGUUGUUGAGGUGGGCAUGGUGGGGACAAGGCAAGAGGGACAGCGACAUCCCAUAGCCCACAUCCCUGAAGAGUCCUGCAGCCAUUCCCUCAUCCCUUUUUGAGGAGGCAGGUUGGCCUUUCCACACAUUUGCCAGUGAGGGAUCGGGGAAGGGGGAGAUGCAGAGGGCAGGGUGAAAACGAGACUUCGGCAAAGACAAUGUGCAAAACAUCAGGGGCAUUUCAGAGAGAAAGGGGAAAGCUCAUUUUGCAAGAGGAACAACAUCUGUGGUGUGGGGGCCGAACAUCUGUAGGAAGGAGCAUGAGGGGAAGGCAUUCUGGGAAAAUAUUUCUGACAUAAUCCCAACAGUAUCUGGUGUGUUGGGAUUUGGUUACAAAUGGCCCUCUAACGUCUUUAAGCGUUUUGUUCUGCUGGUUCCAGGGGCACACAGAGACCCCUGCUUUGUGCUAACCUGGGAAAUAAACCAUUCGCUGGGCUCAAUGGCUGAGUUCAGUUGCGCGAGGAGGGGGGCUGGGAAAGGGGAAGGCGAGAUUUGUGUGAACUCAGCAAAAACCAGCCUAAAAGCCUCCAUGCCAUGUGCUGGAGGGAGGAGGGGGGCUGCCUCUGUCUCUGGGGAGAACUCAGUGGUCCCGCUUGAGAUGAUGGCUUGUCUGGAGGUGAAAGCGUGAGAGCUGAGAGCCAAGGUGCUCAGUGAGGGCCGGGGCUGGGGAGCAGAGG